UCUGAAACUGUCCAUCUGAAACCCCGCAGAGAAUGGUCCAUGCUGUUGGGAGUUUAUAGCAGAUAGUAACCUCUUGAGGCUGCCUCUUACCAGGGCAGUAACUUCAUGGCACCCAUUACCGAGUACAGUACGGGCAUACGACGCUGUUGUGUGGGAGCUGGGAAACAGUUCCCAAGAGUAUAAAGCCACCUCUGGCCAUGGUUUCUCUUCCUCUCUUUCUGCAAAUCCACUUGGUGAAGGUGGGUUGGUUUUAAAUAGAAAUAAAGAGUAUAGGUUACCUGUUUGCCUGUAGAAUGAAGAAGGAUGGAGGAGAACAGUGUGGGAGAAGAAUAUGAAAAUGAUUGACCUGCACAAUCAGGAAUACAGCCAAGGGAAACAUGGCUUCACCAUGGCAAUGAAUGCCUUUGGUGACAUGACCAGUGAAGAAUUCAGGCAGGUGAUGAAUGGUCUUCGAAACCAGAAGCGCAAGAAGGGGAAAGUGUUCCCAGUACCCGUCUUUGGUUUGAUUCCCUCAUCCAUGGACUGGAGAGAGAAAGGCUAUGUAACUCCUGUGAAGAAUCAGGGUAUGUGUGGUUCUUGUUGGGCUUUUAGUGCAACUGGUGCCCUUGAAGGACAGAUGUUCCGGAAAACUGGCAAACUUAUUUCACUGAGUGAGCAGAACCUGGUGGACUGCUCUCGGCCUCAAGGCAAUGAGGGUUGCAAUGGUGGCCUAAUGGAUAAUGCCUUCCAGUAUGUUAAGGACAACGGGGGCCUGGACUCAGAGGAAUCCUAUCCAUAUUUUGGAAAGGAUGAAUCCUGCCACUACAGACCCCAGAGUUCUGCUGCCAACGACACUGGUUUCGUGGACAUUCCUAAGCAAGAGAAGGCCCUUAUGAAGGCAGUGGCAACUGUGGGCCCCAUCUCUGUUGCUAUAGAUGCAAGCCAUCCAACCUUCCAGUUCUAUAAAGCCGGCAUUUAUUAUGACCCACACUGCAGCAGUGAAGACCUGGAUCAUGGUGUUCUGGCGGUUGGCUAUGGGUUUGAAGGAACAGACUCAGAUAACAAUAAACACUGGCUUGUCAAGAACAGCUGGGGUGAAGAUUGGGGCAUGGACGGCUACAUAAAGAUGGCCAAAGACCGGGACAACAACUGUGGAAUCGCCACCAUGGCCAGUUAUCCUACUGUCUAAACCUCAAAGGCAGGAUUGAGAACAGAACAUCCAGAGGAAGAAUUUUCUUUAAAACUAACCAGACCUUAUUGUGUGGGAUGAAACACUUGAAUCGUUGAAGAUCCAAGUUGUGAUUUGAAUUCUGUGACAUUUUAUGCUGGUGAAAUGUUACCAUUCCUUUAAUACUAUUGUAAAUAGGUUUGUAUGAUCGACCUGCCUCAAGAAUUUUGAAUUUUCAUGUUUUAAAAGGAUGUAUAAAGUUUUACCUUUAAAAUAAAACAAUUUCAGAGUAGA